AUGGAGUGCAUGGAUGAUGGACAAACCUCUAUCAGGAAAGUUCACUGGAGACUGGCUGAGGCAGUGGCGUAUAUUCCAUUGGUACAUCUUCCUAACCUCAUUCAUGACAACCACGAAGCAAGUCGUGCGUGCCUGGUGUCACAAAUUAAUAUGAUUUUUAGGAUAAUAUGCAGAUUUAAAUUUAUAAAAGAUAAAAUACACGAUGGUAUUAUAUAUGGACGUUCCACCACAAGGCAGUCUUGGUCCACAUAUACCCUUACAAACAAAAGGUGUAAAUGGACAAGUCAUGAAGACAAGCGAAAGAUUGCCAUUAUGUCGGACAUUGAGAAUUACGAAUUCUCCGUGGACUUCCAGACAGCAGCCACCAAGGAACUGGGCUUCCUUAAAACAAUAGACGAAUAUCCUUCUCUGUAUGGAGGUCCCGCCCUCAAAUACGCCAUUUUCAGCAGAUUUGCAAAAAGUCUUUUGUUUUUGUCCUAUGAUAAUGCUUCUCCUUCGUGGCUGAUAUGUUAA